AUGUCAGACAGGAGUACCAACACUUCCUCUACCCCAAUUGACGAUUCAUCUUCAUCCAAAACCUAUGCUAUCAUCGCCAUCAUAGCCUUCCUCGUCCUGACUAUCAUAUCCCUCCUGAUCUUCUACGUUCACAGGCGCAAAUACGUAGGUAGAGGUAUGUUCGGGAUAAAACCAAGAUGUAAACACUGUAAAGAGACUCUGGACGAUGAUGAGAAGACUCACAGACCAGGUAAAUUCCUCUGCAUGAAAAGUAGAGUUUGGUAUCAUAAGUAUUGUAUAAGGGAGAUUGAGAGUGCUUAG